UCUUCCUUCCUUUCACUUUUCUGCUUUAUAUUUUGCCCAUUGUAGCCCUAGUCUCUUUGCUCACGACCGUCAUGCCUAUGCUCUCAGAUCCGUCCAAAAAGUACAAGCCGUACCCCGCUCUUGACCUCCCUGACCGCCAGUGGCCCUCGCGGCGUACCACAAAGGCCCCAAUAUGGCUCUCCACCGACCUGCGCGACGGUAAUCAGGCCCUCGCCAACCCGAUGACAAUCGAACAAAAGACCCUCUUCUUCCAGCAGCUCGUCAAGUGCGGCGUGAAGGAGAUCGAGGUCGCAUACCCCGCCGCCAGUGAUACCGACUUCAACUUUGUGCGGAUGCUGAUCGAGAAGAAUCUGGUGCCGGACGAUGUGUGGUUGCAGGUCCUCACUCCUGCCAGGGAGGAUCUCAUCAAGCGCACGAUCGACUCUGUAGCGGGUGCCAAACACGCCAUCAUCCACAUGUACAAUGCCACUUCCCCUUUAUUCCGUAAUGUCGUCUUCCGGAACUCCAAGGAAGAGACGGUCGCUCUUGCAGUCAAGCACACCAAAAUCAUCCGCCAGCUGACGGAAGAGUGUUCAGCACAAACGGGCACCGUGUUCAAGUACGAAUAUAGUCCUGAGACGUUCACGCAGACGGAACCCGACUUUGCCAUCGAAGUGUGCGAGGCAGUCAAGGCUGCCUGGGGCAAGGCGGGUCCAGGCGAAGACAGAAUCAUCUUUAACUUGCCUGCUACAGUCGAAAUUGGGCCUUGCAAUCAUUACGCCGACCGGAUCGAACACUUCUGCCGCAAUAUCACAGAGCGCGAAAAGGUCAUCGUUAGUCUACACCCGCACAAUGAUCGCGGGACAGGUAUCGCCGCGGCGGAGUGCGGCUUACUCGCCGGCGGCGACCGCAUCGAGGGCUGUUUCUUCGGGAACGGCGAGCGAACGGGCAACGUCGACCUCGUCAACCUCGCGCUGAACCUCUACUCGCAGGGCAUCCCGCCGAACCUUGACUUCUCCGACAUCCAGUCUGUGAUCGAGGUCGUCACGCAGUGCAACGACCUGCCCGUGCACCCACGUCACCCCUACGCGGGCGAGCUCGUGUUCACCGCAUUCAGCGGCUCUCACCAGGACGCGAUCAAGAAGGGCUUCGAGGUGCAGAGGAAGCAGCAUGCGGAGGCAAAGGCGAGGGGCGAGAAUCAGUACUGGGACAUGCCAUACCUGCCCAUCGACCCCGCGGAUCUGGGAUGCAGCUACGAGGCCGUUAUCCGCGUUAACUCGCAGUCCGGGAAAGGUGGGAUCGCGUACCUUGUCAAGCAGCACCUGGGCCUGGACCUGCCGCGAAAGAUGCAGAUCGCGUUCUACCAGGUCGUGCAGGACAUCGCGGACCGCGAAGCAAGGGAGAUGAUGGUCGACGAUAUCGUCACUGCGUUCAGGAAGACUUACCAUUUUGGCGGACCCAGCUACCAGGGCCGGCUGGUCCUCAAGUCGUUCGAGAUUAGCUCGGAGCCGAGCGUGGAGCCGGACACGGAGAGGAGCGAUUCGCAGGACGAGCGGAGGAGGUUUGAUGGGACGAUUCUCGUUGACGGGGUGUUGAGGGUGAUCAAAGGCGAGGGCAACGGCCCGCUAUCGGCGCUGCUCGACGGGCUGCGCACGCAUCUGGAUAUCGACCUAUCGAUCAGGGAGUACUCGGAGCACACCCUGGGCGAGGGCAAGGAAGCGCGGGCGGCGUCGUACGUGGAGGUCGUGCCGCCCGGCGAGGGCCGCAAGGCGGGCUGGUGGGGCGUCGGCGUCGACUCGGACAUCGCAGGGUCGGGUCUACGCGCCGUCCUGAGCGCGGUGAACGCUGCGAUUGGCGACCGGCCGCUGCCCGAACUGAAGCUGCUUGUGGGCUUCGACAAGCGGUCGUCUCUUGCGGAUGUGGCGUCGGUCGUGCUGAACGCGCUGCACCUCGAGCUGCCGAAGCGGCUGCAGGCGUCGUUCUUCGAGGUCGUGCAGCGGUCGGUGGGGGACAAGGACGACGAUGUAAGGGUGAAGGAGGUGUCGUACGACACCCUCAUCAAGCUGUUCCGGGAGACGUACGGGUACGAGGUGGCGCCCGAGCAGAGCCGGGUAUCGUUGAAGUCGUUCAAGAUGGAGUAUUUGGGAGAUGGAAGCGACUCGCGGCGGGAGAUCAACGGCGAGAUCGUCUUGGAUGGCAAAGUCCGGCCGUUGAAAGGCCAAGGGAACGGCCCCCUAUCUGCCGUCCUAGCUGCGCUGCACGAGCUCAUCGAGGGGACCUUUGCUGUGCGCGAGUACUCGGAGCACUCGAUCGGGGAGGGCUCGGAGGUGACGGCGGCGUCGUACGUCGAGCUGACUUACACCCGGGACGAGGAGAGUCAGAAGAAGAGCGCAGCAUGGGGGGUUGCUCGGGAUACGGAUAUCACUGCGAGCGGGCUAAAGGCUGUUUUGUGUGCGGUGAGCAAGUUGGAUUUUAAGCCGAGAAGCUUGGUCAAUGGGAGUGCUUGAGAAGAGUAUCUCGGCUGUACUGUAUAUCUGUAUCAAAACGGGGCGGGAUGCUCUGCCAUUUAUUAUAGUCUCUAUGCUAUAUUGCUUCGGUUUGCAGUAUCGUGCUCGAAAUGGC